UUUUAAAAAAUAUUAUAUCUAUGGCGCUGCCUACUUUGAAAUCAUACUAUGGCAGGCUCGAUGGCAGGCCUCAAAGCAGACCUGGUACAGCAAGAGUCAGUAUGCUGGCUCACAGGAGAAUGAUUGCUGAUGAGAACCAGGAGAGAUGGAAGGAGAAUCACCAGUACUUUAAAAGCAAUGAGGCGAGGAACCAGAAACUGAGGGUGUGGACCUCAGACUCCUGCUACAGAGGAAGUUUAGGUCAAUACAAUGAUAAGAUAAUAAAGGAACAGAAUGAAAGGAAACUAGAGAACAGACGAGGGAAGCUAAGGGAACUACUGAACAAAGAGACAAUUGAAUAUGAAGAAGAACUCAAAGCAUUAACUCCUGAUCAAAGGAAAAUAAUGAAAGAAAGAGCUGACUCAUUGAGAUCUGAAAGAGAACGAAAAAGAAAGGAGAUAGCAGAUGCCAAACUAAAGGAGCACUUUAGAGUUAACUGCCACCAGUUACGUGAAGUUGAGUCAAGGUGUAAACAGAGGCAGACCCAAGAGAGCUGGGAGACUCAAAUAUCGAAGAAAAAAGAACUUGAGGCAAAGGAGCGAGAAGAAAAAAUAAGAUAUGAGAGGGAGCUGGAGGAGAGAAGAAAGAAAAUGCUGAUUGAAGAGGAAGAAAAGAAAAAGCAACAAAAAAGGAAGGAAGAAGAGCUCAAGAAAGCUCUUGAGGAUCAGUUGCUGGAAGUGAAAGAGAGAGAAGAGGAAGCAGCUGAACUAGAGAAGAAAGAAUAUGAACUUAUUAAAGAGAAGAUUGCAUUGGAAGAUGCAGAAGAUGAAAGGAGGGAGCUUGAAAAGAAACAGAGACAGCAAGAUAUUGGGAGAAGAUUGUUGCAUCAAGUGAAAGCUCAAUUAAGAAGAAAAUCACAGCAAGUGCAGGAAAGUUUGAGAUUAGAUAUUGAAAUACUCGAAAGACUAGCAGCGGAAGAGAAUGAAAGGAAAGAGAAUGAGGAGAAGAAGAAAGAAAAGCAAAGACUGGAUACUCAAGAGAUGAGGGACAUUAUGAGACAGCAACUAGAACUGGAGAGACAGCGAGAGAAAGAUCUAGACGAUUUGUAUAGAGAAGAAGCAGAGAGACAAUGGUCACAUAGAGAAGCUGAAUGGAGCAGAGAAAGGAGGGCAAGGGAAGCUCUAAUGGCUGAAGUUAUUGAAGGAAGACAGCAACAGCUUGAAGAGAAGAUAGCUGGGAUAAAGAGAGAGCAGCUAGAAAAUAUUGAAAGAAGAGAAGAACUUUUGAAGAAGAUUGAAGAAGGGAAUCUACUUACAGCUAGAGAAGAGAAAAGGAAACAUGACCAGCAAAAGAAACUUAAUGAAGAUCUUCAGUCUCAGAUACUUGAUAAACAGAGAGCUACAGAGUAUACUGAAAUACUAAAAGAAAGAGAAAAGGAGAAAGAAAGGUUACUGGAUGAAGAAUAUGACAUGAGAGUAAAGGAAGAGGUGGACAUGUUAACAUCAAGAUACAAUCAUGGCUACCAGCAGUAUCCAGUAGACUCUUAUUAUUCUCCUCGUCCUCUAACUGGUCACUCAACUGAUUGGUACUAUCAUUAUUGACUGACUUACACACUUAUUGACUUCACAUUUAUCAACUCUUGCAGCUACAUGUAGUUUUACUCUUCCAUCAAAUUCAAAUAAGUGAUUCAACUUGAA